AUGGCCGAGCGCCGGGCGGGCGCCAAGGGCCGGCGCCUGGGCUCCAGCCGGCGCAAGCAGCUGCGCGAGGCGCUCGGCGAGGAUGCUGCCGCCGCGGCAUCGGUACCCGGCGCCGAGGAGGAACCGCCGCCGGCAGCCGACACGGCGCAGAAGGUGCAGGACUUCUUCCAGGCGUGCGACCGGGAGCAGAAGGGCUUCGUCACCCGCGCCGACGUGCAGAAACUGCGGGCGGAGGAUUUCCCGUGCAGCGCCGAGGAGCUGGAGCUCAUCUUCGACGGGCUGGACGCCGACGGCACCGGGCGCUUAACCAGCGAGGAGCUCGCUGCCGGGCUCGGGCAGCUCGUGAGCUCGCAGCGGGCCACCCGCGACCACCGCCGGCGGAAAACGGCCUCCCGCAGGGACCGCUUGGUCCCCGGCGGCCCCGUCUUGGAGGAGGCGGACAGCGAGGAGAGGAAGCACUUCGCCGCCUUCGUGGACCAGCUGGGCACGGACAACGUCUUUGAAGACCAGGAGAUCUGGCAGCUCUGGGUGAGGCUGCGGCAGGACGAGCCCCCGCUGCUGGGCAACCUGGAGGACUUCUUGGCCAAGAUGAGGCGCCGCAUCCAAGAAGCCAAGAGCGAGAAGGAGGCCUUGGAGGUCAUCCUGGACAAGCGCGUGGCUGAGCACAACAGGGAGGUGCAGCAGCUCUGCGAGGCCCUGGAGCAGCAGAUGCGCCAGGAGACGCAGCGGCUGGAGCAGGAGAGCGAGGCCCGGAGCCACCAGCACGGCGCGGAGCUGUGGCAAGCGCUGGCCGCCCGCGAGACCCAGAUGCAGCGGCUGGUGUCGGCGCAGACAGAGCUGGAGGCGCGUUGCCGCAGCCUGCGCAGCUCGCGGGAGGCCGCCGGCACCGAGAACCGGCGCCUGGAGCGCAGCAACCGGGCGCUGGAGGAGCGGCUGCGGCACGUCCGCCUGCAGCUCCGCGACACCCAGGGCCGCCUGCGAGCCGCCAAGGCCGCCACGGCGAGGGACGGACCCGCGGCGGAGCUGCCCGGCGAGACGCAGACGAGUCCGGAGCAGGAGAAGCACCGCUCCGAGAUGCGGAUCAGGCUCGGAUCCCAGAGCAGCGACUGGACACUGAAAAGCAGCCACCACGUGGUUUGGGAAAAGGCGCCGGCAGAAAUAACCGUUUCGGGAUCCCUGCCCGGAGCGAUCUCCGUAGAAGAGGAUCCCUUCCCGGAGUUUCUGAAAGAGGAACACUUUUCCGACCAAAGCUCUUUGCUAAGAGAAAUGAAUGACGCAAUAGCGGCUCUGAGCAAAGAGCUGAAGCCGCAGGGCCCAGGUGACCCCGUCCCAGCGGGAGACGUUCCCCUGCGCCCGCGGGAGGAUGCUACCGCGCACGGCGCAGCCCCCGGGGCCCCGCGGGAGACCCUCGCCGGCCUCCGCGGUCAGGAGCAAGGAGACCUUCUGCAAGAGGGACCAGCCCGAGCCGCUCUCGGUGCUGGGGACGUGACACCGGCUGGUGCGUCCGAGAGCGCCGGGCACCGCACGGCUCAGGAGCGGGGUGGAGAGCAGGGCCGGAGCCCCGGGAGAGCAGGGCAGGGCCCGGAGGAUGCUCGGAGGCUGUUUUUCGUGCAGGGACAGGGCACUGCUACAGCCGGGCAGAUGCUGGAGGAGGCCGAGGAUGUGCAAGGAGCACAGGGAGAAAGCACGGAGGUGGGAGCGCAGGCGCUGACGGAGGUAGAGGAAGCAGGAUUCACGCAGGGAAAAACAGGCUGGGAAGCCGCGCAGCCCCCAGGAGAUGCCGAGAAAGCAGCAUUAACCCAGGGAGAAAAUUCAGACGCAGAUGCGGGGCCAGCUGAGCCUCGGGGGCUAGAGCUAGUGCUGGGAGAGCGUUGCACCGCGGAGGUGCUCUGCCGGGCCGCAGCGCAGGGAGAGCGCGUGCAGCAUCCGCGCGACGGUGCGGAGCUGGGGGACAAGGCCGACUCGCACGCGCGGUGCUCCGAGAAACUCGAUCCAGAGGCGCAGUCCCUGGGAGAGGCCGGGAGACCGGGAGUAGUGCCGGGAGAAAGCAGGGAUGCAGGUUUGCAGCCGCCGGCUGCGGGACGAGACGUGGAAGCGGAGCAGGCAGGCAGCGGAGAUGCAGGCGGGCUGGAUGCAGCCCAGACCCCGCAACUAGCACCCGCCGAGGCCCGGAGCGUCGCUCCAGCCGCCCAAGCUGGGACGCAAGAGGCAAAGCCAGGGGAGAGCAGCGAGGCAGCGGCGCGGCCCCCGGCCGAGGCGGAGGCAGGAGAGGUAGCCCGGAGCGCGGGGGCAGAGCCGCAGCCCGGGGAUCUGCAACGGCUAGGCAUUUCGGGACAGGAGCAGGUCUCAACGCAGGCAGAUAAGGUGAGGCCAGAUGUUGCUCCCGAGCAGCUGCUGCCAAAGGAGAAGCCACUGUGGGUGACAGAAGCAGAGCAGAUAGCUGCUGAAUGCACUGAGCCUCCAAAAGAGGAGGUGCCACCAGCGUCUACCCUUCGUGCAAGUGUCCAACUCGAGGAGCAUGCAGGGAGCAAUCUGGCAGGGACUCUCCUUGCAGACAGCCUGCUGAGGGACGUAGCCAACAGUGGGAUGCAGCCUCCAGCAUGGCUCUCAGAAGACGCAAGAAGUGCUCCGGAUGUCGGUCAAUGGGAUGGGAAGCAAGACGUCAGGCCCAGCCCAGGAGACCCAGGAGCUGUGUCGGCUGAUGGGGCUGGAACUGCCCCAAGAGGGUCUCCUGAAACCUGCCGCGAUCCAGACCACCUCUACAACGUGCUGUUCGUCGGGGACUCCCAUGUGGGCAAGACGUCAUUCCUGUACCGGUUACAAGCCAACUCCUUCAACCCACACCUCACCGCUACCGUAGGGCUGGAUUACCAGAUCAAAAACCUUAUCGUGGACAACAAACUCUUUGCUCUCCGCCUGUGGGACUCAGCUGGGCAAGAAAGGUACCACAGCAUCACCAAGCAGUUUUUCCGGAAGGCGGACGGCGUGGUGCUGAUGUACGACAUCACGUCGGAGUAUUCCUUCGCGGACGUGCGCUACUGGCUGAGCUGCAUCCAGGAAGGAGCAGAAGACGGAGUCGCUAUUCUGCUCCUGGGGAACAAGACCGACUGCGCUGCAGAGAGACGGGUCCCCACGAAGGAAGGGGAGCGCUUGGCUCAGGAGCAUCAGCUCAUGUUUUAUGAAUGCAGUGCUGCCUCGGGCCACAACGUCUCCGAGUCCAUGGUCAGCUUAGUCAGGUUACUCAAAAUUCGUGAAGAUCAACUGAAAAACAAGGUAGAAGAGGAACCAAAGCCAACUCAGAAGAAAAAGGGCUGCUGCUGAAAGGUGGCCAGUCCCUGCUUUGAUCUGAAACUGCAGCAACAGCCAGAAAAGCGUAAAAAUAACCCUCAGACAUCGGCUCUGCUCCCCUUGGGCACCAGCUCUGCUCCCCGUGUGUCUGACUUGCCUGCUCGCUCUCCGCUGCUCGGAGCAAGAACCAUCGGGAAGGAGCAGGCUGUCGUCCGUCUCCUUCCCUUGUAGUCGGCUUCGAGUACCGUCUGGCCCCAGAGCACCCAAGCGCUCCAAAAUACUUGCCGGGAAACUUUACCACUUGGCUUUGGAGACUGAAACGUGGCUAAGCAAAGAGGCAGAAAGGGAACCCAGCUGGAUCUUGAGCUCCUAGAGCAGCAUCGGACUCAGCAGGUGGGAAAAGUCUGCAGAUAAAAGAAAUACCAGAAGGCCAGUGUAUGAAUCAAGAGGUUUUUAGGGCUGGUUGUGCCAUUGUGCAGCAGUGACUUUCUCUCUAGCUUUACAGUCUGCUAGCGUUUGAUGGGGAACAACAAAAUGCGCGGUAUAUCCUAAAUGCACUCUGCGAGGCUGUCCAGUUAGGCAAGGUGGAGCUAGUUUUUCCUCUUUCACGGUUGACCGUGCCAGUGAGCAGUAAUGGGUCUCGACAGAAAACUACUAAAAACUUCAUUCAAAAUACAUUAAAAAGAGGGGGGAAAAAAGCCCAGGAUAAUAGAAAGAGCAUUGGGUGAUGAGCUCUUUGGAUAUAUGAUCAGCAAAUGCUUCCGAGUGUCCACUUCACUGCCCCGUGCCCAGAGCAGAGUCUGCAAAUCUCAGGACAGGCAGGGAAAAUGCAAGCUCCUACAGCCAGCCCUUUGAAAAUGAUACAGCUUCUUCCUGAAGUACUAGUUUUUUCUUCUUUCUUUACAACUUGAAGCAGAGAACUGUCUCUUUGCAGAGAAAGCCACGCAGACUAAGUAAAUAGAAAUGAAAAUAUUAUAUUUUAGGUUUUUAAAAUAUUACAGGGAGAAAUGUAUUGCUUCCUCCCCCAGCAGUUCAACAGAUUUAUUUAAAGACUAUGCAUACAUGCAGAUUUGGGGAAAAUAAUCGUGCUCAGAUUGCUUUUUGUUGCCACUAUAGUUUAAAUGUAUAUUCAGCAGAGUGUAGUAGCCACAGGAAAACCGAGGACCUGUUUCGUUAAGGGCUUUACAAAAAUAGAACUGCAAUGAGAGUUUGUUUUUUAAUAACACUAUAAAAAAAUGGAUUUCAUUCUGGAUGUUUCUGGUUCUGUUAUAGCUCAGCUUUCUCAGGGAACAAGGCUUAAGAGCUCGUCAUACCUGUGUGUGUGUUUGUACCUGCUUUCUCUUUCCCUGCUUUUGAAUGCAUGGGCCUUUUCUCCUGCUAGCUGUGCCUCCCUGCCAUGUUCCACUAUAAAAUAUUUUUACUGAAUGAGCAGCUUGAAGAAUUUCAUUACUAAGGAAGAGUUUACACAGCUCAGGUCAGAGCUGUGUCUGGAUUCAAAAAUCUGCAGUAUCCAGCAGCAGGGUUUGUUCGGUCCCAUCUUCCCUAUUUUGCUUUGCUAUUUUAUCUUAAAAGCGCACGUAGAAAUCCAGGCACGCUUUGCAAGUCUGGUCGAUGAUAAGAGUUGCAUCGUCUCUGUUUAACCAGCCCGAAGAGGCUCCUUUCCCAGGGCCCGCGGCGGUUGCCAGCUGUACUCGGACCUCUGCUGUCCAUCAGACCAGCUCUUCCCUCCGCCUCAAUUCGCCGGGAUUACACGCGGGAGACGGCGUUUUCCUGCGCAAUCCUGCUCCCGCUCGGCAAACGUUUCUGUUUGCCUGCAAGAGAACAUGGAGCGGAGGUCGCCCAGGCUAAAUUCUUCCAUUAGAUGGCAGCAAAUGCAGCGAUACCUCCAAACUGUGUAAUAUUGCUGUUGCGAAUAAAGAAUAGCAAGUUCGAACAGGGCCUGAAACAGAGACCUGGAAAAGAGAUGGCUCCAAAGAACAUCAGGUUGAAAGAAACGGCUGUUUUAUUACAGACAUAACAGAAGUUAUGUCUGUAAAAGAGAACUGAAUUUCUAAAACAAAUUUUGCUGUACUAAAAACCUCCCAUCCAAACUUGGAAAUUAAUCUUUUGUUGCCAGGCUGAGGGA